CAGCUUGAUAACUAUUUUGUUAAACACUCGAAAAAGUAAGGGAGAAACAUGAAGUGCUUAUCUCCCAAUGUAGUGGGUCUACUGCAACUUGAGUAGCUCCUCUUUUAUGAGCAGACUCCAAUUUGUCUAUGUUCCUCCAUCCGAGCAGACGCAGGUUGGUGUCUCUCCCCGUGGGGCCGCUGCUCACUGCUGCUUUAUGCUUUGCUUGUGGAAUUAUGGAUUUUUUCGAUCUUGGAAAAAAAAAUUAAAAUCGAGUGUGAUGCAUUUUCAUUUAUCCACUCCUCUGUUCUUUUCCUACGCUAAUUGGUGUUAGCUGGCUGUGAGAAAACGGGACUGAACGUGGACUUUUUUUUCCCCAUUGAGUAUAUAUGGAGUCAUUGGAAGUUCUGAUAGAAGUCUAAAAAUAGAGUGGGUAGGCAAACCCUGUGAAAGAGAUAAGGAAAAAGAAGGAGGAAAGGUGAAGUGAUGAGCAGUCAUAUACGGACGCUGUCUUUUAAAUUGAGUUUGUUUCCAAUUCAUAGUUGGCAAUGACUCAGGAAGGUCCAAUUCUAUUUCAGCCUUUGUAAAGGAUAAAAUAAAAGCAAAUGCAAAAGUUUGCCUGCCUUUUUAAUGAAGCCUGGCUGAUUCAGAGCACAGAUAGGCUGGUGAGUGCCACUUUGUUCUUUCUUGUCAUUUGUAUUUUGUGUUUGGGUAAUUCUCUGUUCAACCUCAGUCUAGACUGAAAGGUUCGGAUAAGCUGUUGAGAAAGUUAGGCUUAUUUUGAUUUUAGAGGUUUGACUGAGAGUCAUGAUAUCAGACUUGGGUUUUCCAGAUUUCGGGCUUGUAAAACAAAACAAAGCAAAACAAGACCCUUAGUCCUAGGCGAGUUUGUUAGGAAAUCACGGAAAAUAUAUUCCUCGUAUUGACGUGUGAAGAGUUACUGUCUAAACUUGGAAGAGAUUUUUCCUUAUGUUGUGAGACAUACAAACCCAAUUAUUUUUAUUUGUCCUUCUUUGAUCUGAGAGUUAACUUCUUGUUAAUGUAGAUUUCAGGCUGGGAGUACAGACCAAAGCUGGAUUGCUUACCUUCUCUGGACCAAGUUGUUCAAGGCCAGGGAUUGAUUCAUUAAUUAAAAUCAAUGUAAAUGGAUUUGUAAGCCUCCUGUAACAGAUUAUCUUAUUAGCAACCACACAGAGCAGCCUGUGAUCUGUGAGGAAUGUGUUUGUUGCCCUAGGUGAAAUAGACCCCGACUGAUGGACUCUUUGGGGCUACUUUAUGAAACACCCAGUGGCUUUUGUGAGGAAGGACUGAGCCUUGCUUUAACCAUUACACCGAACCGCUUUACACCGAACUGUCUCUUCCUGUGGAAAAUUACUUUUAAUACGUUUGCCCCAGAAAGCUUCCGUUCUGUGUAUGUGUGUUCUGUGUGCCCUGGCAAUGGCUGUGUCUCUCUCCCACCUUUGCCUCCAUGAUCUCAAGGGGGUAUUCGUGUAUUGGCCAGGUUGACUUGCCUGUUUCCAGGUAAGAUUCCUGCCGAGAACCUUCCUCUGAAGAGAAAAGGAAGAACCAGAAAUAAAUUUCCAUUUGAUAACAACAAAAUGCUUUUUUCCUCGACCCAAGCAACCAACAAGCAAGCUACAGAAAAGACAUUUAUCUGUUAUUUGAGGAUCUGGCUAUACAGCUGUGCUUCCUUGGAGUGAGGAUAAGAAGACAAGAUGGUUCCUUUGGAAAACCUUGUGGCUUUAACAAAGAGCUGCCUGAACAUACCUGGGAAAGAUAAAUCCUUGUGCUUCAUGGAUGAUGCUUGGCCCCGGCAUGACCUAAGGCUGAGAUGCUGCACCUGUCACCUGUUGGCUGUGGGGACAGAUUCCUCACCUCUCAGGGUUUAUUUGCUUGAAAAGACUCCAGGCUUCGGCUUGGAAAAUCCAACCGCCAAAAUUGAGCCCAGCAGCUGGAGCGGCAGUGAGAGCCCUGCCGAAAACAUGGAAAGAAUGAGCGACUCUGCGGAUAAGCCAAUUGACAAUGAUGCAGAAGGCGUCUGGAGCCCCGACAUUGAGCAGAGCUUUCAGGAAGCCUUGGCUAUCUACCCACCAUGCGGGAGGAGGAAAAUCAUCUUAUCAGACGAAGGCAAGAUGUAUGGUAGGAAUGAAUUGAUAGCCAGAUACAUCAAACUCAGGACAGGCAAGACGAGGACCAGAAAACAGGUGUCUAGUCAUAUACAGGUCUUAGCAAGAAAGAAAGUUCGAGAAAUUCAAGCCGCCAUUAAGGUGUCUAGUCACAUUCAGGUUCUUGCCAGAAGGAAAUCUCGUGAUUUUCAUUCCAAGCUAAAGGUAACAAGCAUGGAUCAGACGGCCAAGGAUAAGGCCCUGCAGCACAUGGCUGCCAUGUCGUCGGCACAGAUCGUCUCGGCCACCGCCAUUCACAACAAGCUGGGGCUGCCUGGGAUUCCACGCCCCACCUUCCCGGGGGCGCCGGGGUUCUGGCCAGGAAUGAUACAAACAGGGCAGCCAGGAUCCUCACAAGACGUCAAGCCCUUCGUGCAACAGGCCUACCCCAUCCAGCCAGCAGUCACAGCCCCCAUUCCAGGGUUCGAGCCUGCGUCAGCCCCAGCCCCCUCGGUCCCUGCCUGGCAGGGCCGCUCCAUUGGCACAACCAAACUUCGCCUGGUGGAAUUCUCAGCCUUCCUUGAACAGCAGCGAGACCCAGACUCGUACAACAAACACCUCUUCGUGCACAUUGGGCAUGCCAACCAUUCUUACAGUGACCCAUUGCUCGAAUCAGUGGACAUUCGUCAGAUUUAUGACAAAUUUCCUGAAAAGAAAGGUGGCUUAAAGGAACUGUUUGGAAAAGGCCCUCAAAAUGCCUUCUUCCUCGUAAAAUUCUGGGCCGACCUAAACUGCAGUAUUCAGGACGAUGCCGGGGCUUUUUACGGUGUAACCAGUCAGUAUGAGAGUUCUGAAAAUAUGACAGUCACCUGUUCCACCAAAGUAUGCUCAUUUGGGAAGCAAGUAGUAGAAAAAGUAGAGACGGAGUAUGCAAGGUUCGAGAACGGCCGAUUUGUGUACCGAAUAAACCGCUCCCCGAUGUGUGAAUAUAUGAUAAACUUCAUCCACAAGCUCAAACACUUACCAGAGAAAUAUAUGAUGAACAGUGUUUUGGAAAACUUCACAAUUUUAUUGGUGGUAACAAACAGGGACACACAAGAAACUCUCCUCUGCAUGGCCUGUGUAUUUGAAGUUUCAAAUAGUGAACAUGGAGCACAACAUCAUAUUUACAGGCUUGUAAAGGACUGAACAUGGUUAUUUAUAUAUAGAUAUCUGUAUAUAUACACACACACACACACACACCCAUGUGCGCACACACACACUGUCUCCAUUAUUGAAUGACUGACUGUAAACCUCGCCACAGAGGGGUGUGCCCUGGCCCUGAGGACACCCUGACUUUUUCUAAAUCCUGUUUGAGUGAAGUCAUUAUUUUUUUCAUGUGUUCAUACUAUCAUUAUAGCUGUGAAGUUCUGGUACAGUUGUAAAAAGAGAAAUCUGAGUGGUUUCUAUGUGUUCUUCACAUCCGCAGCCCACAAUUCCUCGGGAAAAGGUGACCCUUAAGAACCUGGGUCUCCUCUGUCUGCAGAGACCCGUUUCUAAU